UUCUCUCUUCAUGACAUGGUGGUGGAGCCCAGUCUGUCUUUCACCUCGACGCCUCCUCCGACACAAUGCACCAGAUUUAAUUUCAGAACGUUCCGUUGGAUGCAAACUAUGAUUUUUGCCAUCGAGGAGAUCAACAGAGAUGGCAAACUGCUUCCCAACAUCACACUGGGGUAUAAGAUCUAUGAUUCAUGCAGUACACCCCAUCAGGCUCUGAAGGCUGCUGUGGAGUUAAUGGGAAGUGAGAAAGGUUCUGGGAUUGAGGGGAAGUUGCAGAGCAAAAGCACCUGUAAUGAGACUGUACCAGUGGUGAUUGGAGACGGAGGCUCUACUCAGUCUCUUGUAGUAGCUCGUUUCCUGGGAGUCUUCCAUGUGCCACAGGUCAGCUAUUUCUCCAGCUGUGCCUGUUUCAGUGACAAAAAGGAGUUUCCUGCCUUUUUAAGGACCAUGCCCAGUGACUUCUUCCAGGUAGAUGCACUGAUACAACUUGUCAAGCAUUUUGGCUGGACGUGGGUGGGUGUGAUUGCAGGAGAUGAUGCAUAUGGUCGUGGUGGGGCGAACAUCUUUGCAGAUGAGGUUAGAAAAUUAGGUGCUUGUGUUGCCCUGCAUGAGAUCAUCCCUAAGAACCGAGCACAAACUGCCAUUUCAUCUGUCGUCUCUAACAUCCGCUCUUCACGGGCUCGAGUGAUUCUUGUGUUUGCGGUAGAACAAGAUGCAGCAGCGUUGUUUGAUGAAGCACUCAGAGCGGGUCUCACUGGGAUACAGUGGCUGGCCAGUGAGGCUUGGAGCACAGCUGCUGUCCUUUCCACCCCCAGAAAAUACCACCACAUCCUCCAGGGUUCUAUGGGAUUUGCCAUCCGGCGAGCACACAUCCCUGGAUUGCAAGACUUUCUGCUUCAGUUGAAUCCAUCAAGCCCAGAUGCUCAUGAGAAUCCCUUCCUGGUGCCCUUUUGGGAAGAGGUGUUUCAGUGCAGCCUGGGUGUGCGGGCUAAAGGUCAGCAAAAUAAUGCUGAAGAUAAACCUCCAUGCUCAGGAACAGAGGAGCUGGAGAACAUAACAAAUAUCUAUUCAGAUGUCUCACAGCUAAGGAUUUCCUACAAUGUCUACAAAGCCGUGUAUGCCAUUGCACAUGCACUCAAAGCUAUGAGAAGCUGUGUAAAAGGAAAAGGACCCCUUUCUCAGCAGGCUUGUCCAGAUGUAGACAAUAUAGAGCCAUGGCAGCUUCUUCAUUACAUAAAACAGGUGGCACAUGUGAACUCAUUUGGUGAUGAAAUCAAGUUUGAUGAGAACGGUGACCCUGCAGCCAUGUAUGACCUGGUUAACUGGCAGCUGAGCCCAAAUGGAGAAAUGGAGUUUGUCACUAUUGGCAAAUUUGAUGAGACAACCACAACCGAAAGCCAAAAACUUCAGAUCCAGGAACAUAAUAUUCUUUGGAACGGCAAUCAAACCAAAGUUCUCUUGUCAGUAUGUAGCAACAUUUGUCCCCCAGGUACCCGGAAGGCAAUCAGACCUAACUUCCCUGUCUGCUGCCAUGAUUGUGUGGUUUGUACAGCUGGGGAGAUUAGCAAUCAGACUGAUGCCAUAGAGUGUGUGCGCUGCCUGCCAGAGUUCUGGUCCGACCCUGAGAGGACUGUGUGCAUCCCCAAACAGCUGGAGUUCCUCUCCUUUAGUGACGCCAUUGGCAUUACUGUGACGGCUAUUUCCCUCAUUGGCUCCCUCAUCACCUGCGUUGUGGCCUUCAUAUUCUCCUGUCACAGAACCACCCCCAUUGUCAGGGCCAACAACUCAGAGCUGAGCUUCUUGCUGCUCUUCUCCUUGACUCUGUGUUUCCUGUGCUCUCUGACCUUUGUCGGUCUGCCCUCUGAGUGGUCCUGCAUGCUGCGACACACAGCAUUCGGCAUCACCUUUGUCCUCUGCAUCUCUUGCAUUCUGGGGAAAACAAUAGUGGUGCUAAUUGCCUUCAAGGCGACACUUCCAGGCAGUAAUGUCAUGAAAUGGUUUGGUCCUGUGCAACAAAAGGCAAUAAUUUCUUUUUGUACACUUGUGCAGGUCAUCAUUUGUACAGUGUGGUUGAUUGUAUCUCCUCCAACUCCGCGCAAACUGAUGCCACGUGAGAGCGCUAUUGUGAUUCUCUUGUGUGACGAAGGUUCACAUAUAGCAUUUGCUCUGGUCCUGGGUUACAUUGGCCUGCUGGCCUGCCUCUGUCUUCUCCUGGCCUUCCUGGCGAGAAAACUUCCGGACAACUUCAACGAGGCCAGACUUAUCACCUUCAGUAUGCUCAUUUUUUGUGCUGUGUGGGUUGCAUUCAUUCCCGCCUACAUAAGCUCUCCAGGGAAGUACGCCACAGUUACAGAGGUGUUUGCUAUUUUGGCCUCCAGCUAUGGACUGCUGGGAUGCAUUUUUGCUCCAAAGUGCUACAUAAUCCUACUGAAGCCAGAGAAGAACACUAGGAAAUACCUGAUGUCCAAAGCUACUACUGACAAAUUUUAG